AUGCUGGUGGCAAUGAGCGCCUGCAGCAGGAAGGCGCUGACCCUGCUCAGCAGCGUGUUCGCCGUCUGCGGCCUCGGUCUCCUGGGCAUCUCUGUCAGCACCGACUACUGGCUCUACCUGGAGGAGGGCAUCGUCCAGCCCCAGAACCAGACGGCUGAGAUCAAGCUCUCGCUGCACUCGGGGCUCUGGAGGGUCUGCUUUCUGGCAGGUGAGGAGCGUGGCCGGUGCUUCACCAUCGAAUAUGUCAUGCCCAUGAACAUCCAGCUGACAUCUGAAUCCACAAUCAACGUCCUGAAGAUGAUCCGCUCUGCCACCCCCUUCCCUCUGGUCAGCCUUUUCUUCAUGUUCAUUGGCUUCAUCCUGAGCAACAUUGGCCACAUCCGGCCUCACAGGACCAUCCUCGCCUUCGUCUCGGGGAUAUUCUUCAUCCUGUCGGGUCUGUCACUGGUGGUGGGGCUGGUCCUCUACAUAUCCAGCAUUAAUGAUGAGAUGCUCAACAGGACCAAGGACUCGGAGUCAUUCUUCAAUUACAAAUAUGGGUGGUCCUUUGCCUUCUCUGCCAUCUCGUUCCUUCUCACAGAGAGUGCAGGGGUGAUGUCUGUCUACCUGUUCAUGAAGCGCUACACGGCCGAGGACCUCUACAGACCCCACCCUGGCUUCUACCGGCCCCGCCUGAGCAACUGCUCCGACUACUCGGGGCAGUUCCUGCACCCCGACGCGUGGGCACGGGGCCGCAGCCCCUCGGACAUCUCCAGCGAGGCGUCCCUGCAGAUGAACAGUAACUACCCAGCCCUGCUCAAGUGCCCCGACUACGACCAGAUGUCCUCGUCCCCGUGCUGAGCCCGUGGUCCCGCGCCCGUUCCGAUGGUCGCCGCGUCCCGACUCCGUUUGUCGUUUUUUUUUAGGCCACUCUUUCUGGCCAAUUCUCUAUUUGUAGGAGAGUAAAUAUAACCAGAGAGGUUGGUUAUAUAAUCAAUAGUGUAACCUAGAGAAUUGGGAUGUUUCCCUUUUUUUUUUUUUUUUUUUUCUUUUUUGGGGUUGUUUUAUUCCUCCCUGCAUAACUAAGGAACUCUCCAAAGUCCUCCUCUCUCAGCUCAUCCCGCUGAGCAAACAGCAGUUCUGCCUGGGGGAUAAAUCCAGGGCUGGACUCAAGAACAGGAAAAAGAAAAUAGAGUAGAACUAAGGGAAAAAAUGGUGUAUUUUUUUGGUAUAGGUAGAGAUAGGCUGAUAAAGUUUGUGCAUUCGACUGUAUCAUUGAAUUCUAUAUUUACUGGCCUGAGCGCCAGCAGGCAUAAAAAUUUGUGUAACUUUCCAAGAAACAACCAGCAUUAGAAAAAUAUAAAUUUUGCCUUGACUGAACACUUACUGAUUGGUAUCUCUCACUGCUGGAUACCACUUCCAGCCAGGCUGGAAUGGGAAAUAGCCAUCCUUCAAUGAGACCUCAGCAGGCUUUGACACCAGCAGGUUUUUGUUCCUCCAUGGCCACUUGCAAGCUGUUGCUUAAAUAUCUCGUGUUAGACUGGAGGCACUCUGGGGUGCUGGGCUGGAGGGAUGGCUCCAGCACCCAAAUUUCCUCUG